GUUUUCUCUGCAGAUGAAGUUUUGUCCCAUCCACAUGCUUUCUGUAAGAAUCAUACAAGCCAAGAACAUCAAAUCAAGAGACUUGUUGACUGCAUCAGACUGCUACGUGCGCUUGUGGCUGCCAUCUGCUUCAAACGUAAAGCUUCAGACCAAAACCAUCAAGAAUUCUGACAACCCUGUCUGGAAUGAGACUUUCUACUUUAGGAUCCAGAGGGAAGUUGAGAACAUUUUAGAACUGGCAGUGUGUGAUGAAGAUCCACUCACCAAAGAUGACAUGCAGUUCACAGUUCUUUUUAAUGUUGCUAGAAUCAGACCUGGGGAGACACUCCGUGAGACAUUUGCUUUGAAAUCAGAGAAAGAGAGGUGCAUUAAGAAAUGGGAAAGUUUGGAAGUAGAAUUCUGGAUGGAAAGAAUUCCUGGCCCUCCAGAGCAUAUCAUUACCAAUGAUGUCUUAGUGGCCCGUGAGGUUUGCUGCUUGGAAGCGCAAGUGGACAUUAAUGAAAGCAGGAAAUAUUUGCAAGAGGGUAAAAAUCUUGUGCUUACGGUGCCUGCGUCUCAUGAGGGAACACAGAAGACUACAGAGGACACAGAUACUUUCUACUUCCAUUGCGUGAAGGCCUGGGAGCCAGUUCUAAAAGUCAGGCUGCAGAAAGUUUCUGAUAAGGAAGAUGACAACAGCAAUUUAAGUGACACUUUAACAGUACCGCUGAAAUUUCUCCCUGUUGGACAUAAAGUGAAAGUAACCCUCCCUGUAAGACAUAAUGUGCCACUGCAGUUGUACCUCCUGCUAAAUGAUUGCACAGAGAAACUAGAUGUGCGCUUAGGGUAUGAUCUGUGCCGAGAAGAGCAAGAAUUCUUGCAAAAAAGGAAGAGAGUGGUUGCCAGUGCCCUGAAAAGGGUUCUUCAUCUGGAAAGAGAUCUACAUGGACACGAGGUCCCAGUAAUAGCUGUUAUGGCAACAGGCGGAGGCCUCAGAGCAAUGUCAGCUAUGUUUGGCCAUCUCUUAGCUCUUCAGAAGCUGAAUCUGUUGGACUGUGUUACCUAUGUCACCGGGGCUUCUGGCUCGACAUGGACCCUAGCAGACCUGUAUGAGCAUGCUGACUGGUCACAGAAGAGUCUGGAGGCACCACUUAAGGCAGUAAAAGAACAAGUGACAAAAUGCAAGCUCAACCUUAUGUCUAUAGAGCAUCUGAAGUAUUAUCACAAGGAACUCGCUGAAAGGGCAAAAGCAGGACAUGUGUCAUCUUUUACAACUCUGUGGUCACUUGUUCAGGAAAUGUUCUUACAUGAACGGCCAAGAAAGUACAAGCUCACAGACCAGCGCAAGGCAUUGGAGCAUGGACAAAAUCCAUUGCCUUUCUAUGCGGUCCUCAAUGUGAAAGAGGAAAAGUUCAGUACCUUCAAAUUUAGAGAGUGGGCCGAGUUCUCUCCUUACGAGGUAGCCAUACCAAAAUACGGAGCCUCUAUUCGUUCAGAAUAUUUUGACAGUGAGUUCUUCAUGGGAAGGCGAGUGAAGAAGCUGCCAGAAUCUCGGAUCUGCUAUCUGGAAGGUCUUUGGACAAACAUCUUUACUAGGAAUUUGCUGGAUGGCUUGUACUGGUCCUCAAAUUCAAAUGAAUUCUGGGAACGAUGGGCCAAAGAUAUGGUAGAUAUAGAAAAGCAUUCCCCCGAGGAGGAUGUCACUAUCAUCGAGCCUCCGUCUUGUUUGUCAGGGAAGUUGUAUGAAAUGUUUCAGGACAUUAUGACCAAGCGUCCACUACUGGGAAAGUCGCAUAACUUCCUGAGAGGCUUAGAAUUUCAUAAGGAUUAUAUCCAUCAGAAAAAAUUUAUUGAAUGGAAAGACACCGUGCUGGAUGGUUUCCCUAACAAUCUGACACCGCUGGAGAAGUAUCUUUGCCUGAUAGAUGUUGGCUAUUUCAUCAACACCAGUGGUGCAGCACUUUUCAAGCCAGAGAGGAAUGUAGAUGUCAUCAUCUCACUCGAUUAUGGUUUGGGGAAUGUGUUCAAGCAAUUAGAGAUGACAUACAAAUAUUGCAAGAUACAAAAAAUCCCAUUCCCCAAAGUGGAGCUAAGUAAAGAAGAUGAAAAGAACCCAAAGGAAUGUUACGUGUUUUCGGACGCAGAGGACCCCAGAGCACCCAUAGUAAUUCAUUUUCCCCUGGUGAAUGACACCUUUAAGGAAUUCAAGGAGCCUGGGGUAAAGCGCUGUCACUCAGAGAUGGAAGAAGGCAAAGUAAAUCUGGACAACAACUGCUCACCCUAUUACCUCAUUAGGCUAAUCUACUCCUCCGAAAAUUUUGACAAACUCGUGAACCUGAGCAAAUACAACAUCCUCAAUAACAAAGACCUGCUCCUCCAGGCAAUCCGGAGUGCUGUGGAACGGAGGAGAAGCAGCAGGACUGGGUAUCUCCCCAGCCACUCUGGAGCUGGAUACCACUAGGCUGGGUUUUCGCACUGUUCCCCACUGAAGGCUAUGACAGUCACAUUCCAACACAUCACAGUCACAUUAUAACAUGUCACAGUCACAUUCCAACACAUCACAGUGUUCAUUAUUUGCAGGAAACUGAGGAAACCUGUACAUUUCUCAUCUUGCCUUGUUCAAGUUCCUAGCUUUCAAAAGGGUUUAUUUAAUCUCCUUCCUCCAAGUUUUCAGACCACAGAAGCCUCACACUGUGGUCUUACUUGUUAAGAAAUUAGGGUCCUGGUUAGCAGAGGCCUUCCAGGAUCUCCCUGAUGUUAUAGAAUAUGGUGGUGGUGAUAGUGAUAGUUCUUUGUAUGCGCCUGUCCCCUCAAUCCUGAGCCCAUUGUCGGUGUCUUUUCAAUGCUUCGUUACAAACCAAGUCCUGGCCAUUUGCAUUCAGUAAUGUCCAGAUUUUCAGACAGGCUGAGCAACUAGAAUUUGCACUGAAUUGGUGGGCUCAGCUUUGAAGUCAGGCCAAAGAGUCAUAUAUAUCGGUGAACAACGGCCAAACUGCAACGUGGACAAUUGCAUUCUGUCUGGCCGAUUCCCCUUGCUGAUUUAGAAAUUAUUCCUUUUUUCCAUUCCCCUGCAAGAGUUUGGCACAGAAACGCUGCUCCGGACUGCCACGAGGGGGGCAGUUACAUUUCAAAGAGAGAGGACGUUAGCUGCAGAGAGCGAGUACGGUUCUUUUGAGCGUUGGCUGGAGGAAAAAUUCUGCAUAAGGCGUGAGUGAUUAUAUUGAUUUAUACGGGUAUUGCCUUUAUGCUUUAAAAUGUCAAGAGCCUGAAACGAGCUUUUGAUACCAGAAACUUGAGGGGAGUAACUACCAUAGACUCAAGUACAUUUAAUUUAAUAAUCAUGACCAAGACAUAAGCUGGUGCUCCUUACAUAUGCAAACUGAAUGUAGGAUAACAUAACUCACUAACAGAGUGCAUAGCCAUUGUAUUUUCACACCCAGAAGACUUUUUUCCCUUCACAAUCUUCUAUCCCUAACAUCAUAAGCAAGGUAUUUUUAAUAGGUGCUACACUAAAAUAGAGCACAAAUAAAAAAAAAAAAAAAGGAAAUUCUUUAUCACACCUCCUUGCGAGAGGAAAAUAUUUGGAAAAAUGACGCCUGGUUUUCAUUUGCUUUGGAGUGCAGUGAAAGACAUUGCCUUGAACUAGGAGCUUGGAACAUCUUUAUAGCUCUCCUCUAUAUUUAAAGGAUGGUAGGGAAGGACGGUGAUCACUACAAAACAGAGCCCUACAGAUGUCAGAGAAGUUUCCAGACUUCAUAGCACUGAAGGUUUUGGACCUGCUUCUGGUUUAUUAAUACAAACACAGCAUAUUCAUCAGGAGGCCCAUGGACAAUCUUACAUAUUUCUUCUGUGUUGGAAAUUUACUUGAUAUCUAGAAUUAGUUUUACUUGAAAUCCAAAAUAAGACAGAGAAACAGGGGUCUGUCUUUUUGGUCUACGCAGACAGUAUUCAAGCUCAGAAGGAGAGCAUUUACAAAAGGCUUCAUUGCCUGAACCCUGCAUCUACUAAACGCUUCUUCUGCUGCAAGCAGUGUCAAGGAAUGAGCCUCAGCAAUAUUCCUUCUACAAUGCUUAUUUACUGAGCUAAGGAAUACUGUGCAAAACCUGAGGAGUCUUAACAGCUGGAAUGCAACUGUACGACUGAAUUCAGACCAGGAGAAGAUAAGAACUAAUUGGAUACCGGCUGCAAGAAAAAACCAUGAAGAGCCAUUUUGAGUUGAAGGGUGAGAUGGCAGCAGGGGGCUACCUCAGAAAAGAGUCCUGCCAGCAGGAUCUGUUACCUCCAUGUCGGAGAGCAGCACGUCCUGGCACCGCAUGCCGUGCUGCAGGUACAUGCACAUAGAAGCACAGGCGGCUGUGUGCACCCCCUGCUCAGGGUGCGCACUGUUUUCAUGCUCUUCUGGCUGGUCCCAUAAAGAAACCCCUUCCUAUAAGCCACUUGCACAGAGCAAAAUCUGGUUCCAGCAUGACUUGCGCGGAGGCUGGGUGCUUCCACCUCCUGUGGUCUGCUGCACCCUCAUUCACCUGGGCUCCGGCGCGUGGCCCCACAGCCGCUGGGUGUUGGAGCCCUGGCUCGCCUCAGCCGGGCAGUGGGAGCGGAAAGGAUGGACAAGGAGUGAGUGACGGCACCAUGCCGCCCGUCUCCAUGCCCUCUCUGUGUUGGUGUGCCGAAUUAUUGCUCAUGUCGUCCAGCGCUGUGCUGUUACACAGGAGGUGCGAAGGGCUGAGCUGGAGGGGAGGGCUGGGGGCUGAGCGACUUGUGAGGAGCCCCAGUGAUAGCAGCCGGCAGCAGCUUUUCUGCUGCAGUGGUUAAAGGACUGAGUUCGGUGAGGGACACUGGUGUUCCCCACAACAUCCUGGGAUUUCUUCUGACACUAAACCAGUAUCUAACUGAAGCUGGAAGACUUGGCCUCCAGGAACAGAGAUUCAGGGCAGCCCCCGCCGAGAUGAUACCGCAGAUUCGUCAGGAGCAAGACCACCAAUGAUGUUACGUAAUUGCCUUUUGUUUACACAUCAUCCACAUCGUACAUAGGAACACUGUUUUACCUCAUCUACCUAAUUUUUACGCUCUGCUGCUGCAAAAAGACAUCCCUGUUUUGUUCGUGGGCUACAGUGAGUGAUCCGUAACCUCGGCAGCACGUGCCCAGCAGCGAGGUGGCUUGGCCACGCUGAGGAGAUCGGGUCUCCCGAAAUGCUGCACAGACCCGUAACUGGGGCGUGUUUGGUGCAUUCGUGGUGCUGCUGAUGCAAACGGAAAUGCCCACUAAAAUGUGAAAGAGUCAAAAACACCCCCCCCCGCACAGAGUUUUCGGGUAACCCACAAUCAGUGGAAAGUACUUUUCUGAGGGACUGCUGAACCCUGUUAUAGAGCUGGGGAGCUACCUGUGGCUAGGGAAGGAGGUGGGAAGGUGGCGUGACUCCCCCUUUGCCAGGGGAACUGUCACCCAAGGUUGCACCAACACUUGAAGUAGGGCUGGGGACUGCUGUUUUAUCUUGCCGCCAAGAGGCACAGCAAGCCUGUGCCCCUUGAUCUCCUUGGGGACCCACGUGGUACCCCUGUAGCCUUAAACUAUAAUAGUUUUUUGAAAUAUAUCUUUGCAUUUCAGAGCCUGAAAUUAUGUGAGGGCUGUAUCAUUGCCCAUAAAAGUGUUUGGUUUUGGUGCUUUGUUUUGUUUUGUUUUGUUUUGUUUUCUUGCUUGCUUUCAUAUUUUUUUGGUUUUGUUUUUGUAGCAUGACAUUGAGGGAGUGUGUUGCUGGCCUGAUGGUGUGGCACGAGGACCUGGAGGGCAUUUGUGAGGGCAAAGGCUGCUGGAGGCCUCUGCAGGGUGGAGGUACCUGCACCUGGCACAGCCUUAUCCAUGCAGCUUGUUGGGAAGCGGUGGCUGGCACAUGCUGUCCCCCAAAGCACACCUGGGCUCUGGCUCAGAGCACGCGAAUUUGCACAGCCCCAAACCCACAAAACUGUAGUUGCAGUGACGUACGGCUGAUGAGUGACCUGCGCACAGGUCUGCGCCUUGGUCCUUGCUUCCUUUAGGGUGUGCAUGGAGUCUAAGGGAACGGGCCACUGAAAUGUCGUGUGUUUGUUCCCCUAAAGGCUGUACGUUUUGUUCCUUCUCCCCAGUCUUGCCUGGCCUUGUGCCACAUGCUGUCAAAUGGCUGCUUGACCGGAGGGCACUAAGACCAGAGCAGGCCCUGGGAGGAGAAAGCUGUCUCUCUGCGGCUCACCAUAACAAGGCAUGUGUGAAAAGGCGCAUGGCACGGUCAUAAACCAGGCCUUGCUGUUCUGGCGUUAUGUUUGCUUAACCGCUGAAGAUGAAUUCACGCGUGCAAAAAAAAACCCCAAAACUCAUCCGAAAUGCACCCCAGAUCCCUGCUCUCAGAUGAACAUUUUGCUGGAAAACCCCCACGAAUACAGAGCUUGCUAUCUGCUGCCAAAUGCAAAGGAAACAAAAGUUCUUACAACUGUUAGCUACUCUUUAUAGAAAUUGCUUGCUUGUGUCUUUUAUCCGUUUAGUAAUAUAUUAAUUAAAAAUAAAAUAUUGCAAAGGAGCACCAGACCCAUGAAAGUCUUUAUGCGCUUAAACACAAGGUUACAUUUCCCCCCUUUGUGUUAGCACUAUUUAUGCUAGAUGCCGGCUCAGCACUUUGUAGGGCAUUUACUGGUUUCAAGACUGGGUGGAAAAAUCAGAGGGAAGUUGUUCUGGUUUACAAAGGCAUUGAGAGCCUGGAAAAAAGUGGAACAAAAUCUACCUCCUGUGGUAAAACCCUGUUUGGUGGAACGGCCCAAGGCAGGGUAGGAAGGCAGCUGUACUGAGCCACUGCCAAGGCACAGCUUUAUUUUGCCUCUUGUGUACUCUCAAACGCGUACAGAAGUCUGCCUUUCACUGGACUUUACUGUUAUUGAUUAAAUGAUGAGGUUAAAAUACCUAAGUUUGAAAAAAAGGAAGUUUUAUUUUUUUUGUAAAAGCAGUUAAAAAAGAUCAAGAAUAAAGGAAAAUGCACCAG